CCCAGACCAAGAUGGCCGCCGUGGGGGGCGGUCCCGGGGGUCCCCGCCUCCUGCCCCUACUGUGCCUCGGCGCCCUGCUGGCAGGUCUGUGUGGGGGCAACUCGGUGGAGAGGAAGAUCUACGUGACCCUUAACCGGACAGCACCCUGUGUCCGCCUGCUCAAUGCCACGCACCAGAUCGGCUGCCAGUCAUCACUCAGUGGGGACACGGGGGUCAUCCACGUGGUGGAGAAGGAGGAUGAUCUGCAGUGGGUGCUCAGCAGCGGGCCGAACCCCCCAUACAUGGUGCUACUGGAAGGCACUCUCUUCACCAGGAGCCUCAUGGAGAAGCUGAAGGGCAGCAGCCGCAUUGCUGGCCUGGCAGUGUCCCUGGCCCGACCCCUCCCUGCCGCUGGCUAUUCCUCAAGUGUGCAGUGCCCCAACGAGGGCUUUGGCAUCUAUUCGGACACUUAUGGGCCAGAGUUUGCUCACUGCCGAAACCUACUGUGGAACCCCCAUGGCGAUGGGCUAGCCUAUGAGGACUUCAACUUCCCCAUCUUCCUGCUGGAGGAUGAGAAUGAGACGGAGACCAUCAAGGAGUGCUACCGCAAACACAACCUUGGCCAGAAUGGCUCUGCACCCACCUUCCCGCUGUGUGCCAUGCAGCUAUCAGCUCACAUGCACGCCGUGCUCAGCACCGCUACCUGCAUGCGCCGCAGCGCCCUACAGACGUCCUUCAGCAUCAACCCAGAGAUUGUCUGCGACCCUUUGUCUGACUACAACGUGUGGAGCCUACUGCGGGCCACCAAUACCACUGUGCCCCUGAGCCCUGCUCAAAAGCUGGUUCUGGCUGUCACCCGGCUGGACAGCCGUUCCUUCUUCUGGAAUGUGGCCCCGGGAGCUGAGAGUGCUGUGGCCUCCUUCGUCACCCAACUGGCCGCAGCAGAAGCUCUCCAAAAGGCUCCAGAUAUCCCCUCCCUGCCCCGGAAUGUCAUGUUCAUCUUCUUCCAGGGGGAGACAUUUCGACUACAUCGGCAGUUCCAGAUGGUUUAUGACAUGGAGACAGGAAGGUUCCCUGUGGGUCUGGACAACAUUCACACCUUCGUGGAGCUGGGUCAGGUGGCUCUCAGGAGCAAUCUCGAGCUCUGGAUGCACACAGACCCCUUGUCUCAGAUAAAUGAGUCCGUGCGGAAGCAGGUGGAGGCCCUGCUGGCCACGGUAGAGAAGAGCAGCCAGGGCCUGCCUGUGAUGGUGCAGCGGCCACCACAGACCCAGCCCCUGCCGCCAUCCUCGCUGCAGCGCUUCCUCCGUGCCCGGAACCUGUCGGGGGUGGUCCUUGCUGAUCAUCAGGCCGCCUUCCGGAACCGCUACUACCAGAGUGUGUACGACAUUCCUGAGAGCAUCAACAUCAGCUACCCACAGGGCCAGAGCCCAGAGGAGAAUCUCAACUAUGUGACAGAAACAGCCAAGGCCCUGGCAGAUGUGGCCACACUGUUGGCACGAGCCUUGUACCAUCUGGCAGGGGGUGACCAGCCCACAGCGUCCAUCCAGGGCCGACCCCCAAAACGGUAAGACUGUCGCCCUGUUCCUCCCCGCUGUCUGUACGGCUUCCUGGUGAAACCCAACAACUCCUGGUUCCAGUCCUUUGUGCGGCAGGAUCUGCGCCCUUUCCUGGGGGACGGGACCCCACAGCAUUACAUCGCCGUCUCUAGUCCCACCAACACCACCUACCUGGUGCAGCAUGCCCUGGCCAACCUGACAGGCACCGCGCUGGGCCUGACCCGGGAGCAGUGCCUGGACCCCAGCCAGGUGCCCAGCGAGAACAAGGAUCUGUAUGACUACACGUGGGUGCAGGGACCUCUGAAUGACAACCACACCGAGCGGCUACCCCACUGUGUCCGCUCCACUGUGCGCCUGGUCAGGGCACUGUCUCCUGCCUUUGACCUGGACCAGUGGGGUUCCACUGAGUACUCCACGUGGACUGAGAGCCGCUGGAAGGACAUCCAUGCCCGCAUCUUCCUUGUGGCGAGCAGGGAGCUGGAGCUCAUCACCCUGACCGUGGGCCUGGGCAUCCUCGUGCUCUCACUGGUCAUCACCUACUGCAUCAACGCCAAGGCCAGUGUCCUCUUCAUGGCUCCCCAUGAGCCUGGUGCUGUGUCCUACUGAGGCCAGCCAGACCAGCUGAUGGAUGCAAACCAGCUAGGCUGGCUCCAGAGAUGCAGGAAGAGUGGGGAUCAGCAGGGGCCAGAAGGGUUUGAGAUCAGCCCCUGCCCCUUCUCUCGUCCAGCCCAUCCCAGCUCUUUUCUCUCCCUGUCUCCAACGCCUCUACUAAAAACUCUGCUCCAGUGACUCCCAGUCCCUCUGCUUCUGGCGUCUCUGCCCACAUCAUGUCUCCCCUUCCCUCUCCUGCACACUUGCCUUUCUGCCCCUUCCUUGCCAGGGGUUCCCUGAGGCCAGGCUGUGGGAAAGGGCCAUAUGGGAAGAUCCCUGAGUCCUAGGAAGCAGAUGGGGGACUUCUGUGAGGGAUCCUGUGCCCUAGGGAGUAGGUAAGGGUCUGUGGAAGGCCGUGGACACCAGCACCCCUGUGUCCUCCAGGCCCCUGUGCAGCAGGACAGCCGAGUGCCUACCUCCAGCUCUGGCGGUCAGCGGCUGCCGUCCCAGUGUGUGAACAUGUGAACAAUGUCUCAUUAAAGUGGCCGCCCCUCGUGA